AUGCAGGAGUCUAUCGACGAGAACAAGCGUCAAAUCGCUAGUCGCAAGUCGAUAGAGAGAUACAAGAUGGGUGGGGUGCUUGGCGAAGGGGCAUUUUCGGUGGUCUACUCUGCCGUCGACCUCGUUUCGAAAGAGAAGGUGGCGAUCAAAAUCAUCAAGAAGUACCAACUAGACCAAAAACAGAGAGACAACGUUUUGAAGGAGGUGAACUUGAUGAAGCAGUUGAACCACCCGAACAUCGUCAGGCUGAUUGAAUUUAUCGAGAACGAGAACUACUUCUACCUUGUCCAAGAGGUGGUCAGCGGUGGGGAGAUCUUCAACCAGAUUGUGAAGUACACGUACUUCAGCGAGGACCUCUCGAGACACGUGAUCAUCCAGGUCGCCGAGGCAUUGCUGUACAUGCACGAGCAGGUAGGCAUUGUGCAUCGGGACUUGAAGCCGGAGAACAUUUUUUUCAAACCGAUCAAGGUGGUAAAAGAAGAUCAAAAGACCCGAUUACAAAAGCUCAGGAAAUCUGAUACAAACGCCAAGCUCGACGAGGGCAAGUUCGUGAUGAACUACGGAGGUGGGGGGAUUGGACUGAUCAAGAUUGGUGACUUCGGAUUAUCCAAGCAGAUAGUGCUCAACGAAAACAACUCUCUCAAAACGCCGUGCGGAACUAUUGGCUACACUGCCCCUGAGAUUGUCCGAGACAUGAAGUAUUCCAAAGAAGUCGACAUGUGGGCUUUAGGAUGCGUGUUAUACAUUCUUUUGUGCGGGUUCCCACCUUUUUUUAACGAUUCCAUUGAAGAGUUGACUAAAACCGUUGCUAGAGGGGAGUUCAAAUUUCUCUCGCCGUGGUGGGACGAGAUUUCCAGCGGCGCCAAGAACUGUGUCUCCAAGUUACUCACUGUGAAUCCAAUACAGCGGUACACCGUGGAGCAGUUUUUGAAAGACCCAUGGAUCCUAGACUCCGAGAAGGGCAGACAUUCUCACCGCUAUUCUCACCACCACCAGAACCAGCACCCUCGGGAGGGUGCUUCUAAAAGAGGCAAGAGGAAAGUAACGUCUGCGAUGACGCCUGAGGUGAAGGCCAUGAAGGAGAUGUACGACAUCUCCAUUGCGGCACGAAGAAUGCAUGAGGAGGCGCAGUACACGCCUGGCGUGAACGCAAUGAACGGGUUCAACGAGCUCAACAUUGUCGAGGAGAAUGAGGACAGCGACGGUGUCGUCCACGGGAGUCCCGUGGAGGUGAAGCCCAGCGGGGGCAUGAACAAGAGCAAGACGCCGAUGUUCCAGUUGAACAUGAAUGAUGCGUCGAUUCUAGCAAGAAGACAGAAGAAGAAGGGUGCUGUUGCUGCAUGA